AUGUAUUCAGCAAAGCGUCAAAAAUUCACUAAAUAUUUUUCGUUAUCAAUAGUGCCACUAGCUGCGCUGUUUGUUAUUUACGAAACCGUAACUCUUCCAAAGAUAUCGAUUCUGAUUUAUCUACCACACAUACCCAUUGUCAUUACCCAGAAACUGAUGAUAGUACAUUGGUGGUUGACAUUGCACGAUCUUACUCAAUACUCAGAGCAGCUUUUGAUUAGUAUUUUUAAGGUGAAAGACAGGCAUGGAAUAGCCUACCGACGGAGGAUUUGGCUGCAAAUAUCUAACUUGUCGACAGAAAUCGGAAAUGCUACCGGAUUAUCAGCCCUGUCCUAUUUAACAACAAACUUCGUUGGAUUCCUCCUGUCUAUGUACGGUAUCCUAAUCAACCUCAACAGUCCAGGCUCAACUAACGUUCCCAUUUUGGGUCUAAUACUACCAGCUAUCGGGUGCGCAGUCACGAUCUUCUUGAAGGCCGAUGCUGCAUACAGAGCCACUGAGCGGGUAGGAUCUAGAUUUACAAAUAAACUUCUCCAAAUAGAUCAAUCCUCUUUGCACCGAAGUAGUUUGAAUGAGAUAAAUCUUAUGUUUAACUGUAUAUCAGCAAAAUCUCCGGUCAUUGAAUACUUAGGUUUUAUGAAAAUUUCGCGAAGCACAUUUUUGCAUUUUGUAUCCUAUUCAGUUACAUACCUAAUUGUUCUUUUACAAAUGAAGACUCAACCAAAACAGCUGAAGAAUGAUCGUCUUCCUGAUAUUGCUGGAAAUAAGACUGGUUUUGAAGCACUUACAUUAAGUUAAAUUUAUCUCUAUCUUUCAGAUCCCCAGAUUGU